GGCGCACACCCCUUUGUCCCCCUGUCUCUCUCUCUCCACCCCUAGCUUUGUAUAUAAAAUGGAGUGAAUUUUACAUCUUGCCCUCCUCUCCUCUUCCUCUGCUUGCAGUCUGACUUGGGUGGGAAAUUCAAUCCUAAUCAUGAGCAGGAACUUCUUGUCCAGAAAUGAUGAGCUCCGGAGGGGAGACUACCUGAUAUCCAACAACAGGGAGUUUAAGGCUGUUUUCCAGGAUGAUGGUAACUUUGUCAUCUAUGGCUGGAAGCCUGUGUGGGAGUCUGACACCAAAGGAACAGAUGCUCAGCGCCUGUGCAUGCAGGCUGACUGCAACCUGGUCAUGUACAACAAGUGUGAUGAACCCAGGUGGCACACAAACUCUGCCAAAUCUGACUGCAACAUGUGCCGUCUUCAACUGACCGAUGACGGCAAACUGGUGGUGAACAGGGAAUGUGAUGAAAUCUGGAACUCUGCCAAAUCCAAAGGCAUGAAGUAAUUAAAUGUAUGUGAAGGUCUUGUUUGGAAGUCAACUUGAAAAACAUGCCAGCUGUGUAAUCUGGGAUCAAAUAAAAACAAUUUUUAACAAAGCAUAAA